AUGCAGUCUGCCAGUAUGCUUCUGAAAAAAAUCUUAAGAAGUUCUGUCCUCCCAUUUGCUGCACAACAUGGGAUGAAAAAGGAUUUGUUGCCACUCAGUAGAACGCUGAGUUUAUCACUUUGCCUGAAGCAGGAUAAUUCAUGCAAUCCCUCAGAAAAACUAGAUUUAGAUGCUUGGAAGAAGGUAAUGAAAUCCGGGGUGCAAGAAGUCAGUGAGACAGUCUCUGAGCGUAAGGAGCCUUCCAGUUUGGCUGCUGCACGUGACAUAUUGGAGAUGCGGAGACUAGCUGGCAAAUCAAUUCCAGAAAAUAUCAGUGAAGAACAAUUGAAAACCUUUAUGGAAUGUACUUCCAAGUCAGCCCAAAAGAAAUAUUUAAAAUAUUUGUAUCUCAAAGAACUUCACAAGAAAAACGACAAAAGAAAGAUGGAAGAGAAAAGGGAAAGGAGGCUGGAAGCACAAAAGCUAGCUUCAGAAACUGAUGUGACCAAAAAGAAUUCAUUCAUAUGUUUGUGGGCCAGCUGUAUGGACAAGGUAUACAAUUGGAGGGCUGCACAGUCGAUGAUCUUUGGCCAGCCGCUAGUAUUUGAUAUGUCCUUUGAAAAAGAUAUGUCUGUCCGAGAAGUGGCAAAUACAGUGAGACAGAUAGUACUGAGUGAAAGCACCAAUCGAAGAUCUGUUGAUCCGUUCCACAUCCACUUCUGUAACUUCAAAGAUGAAAGUCUCUAUCAUAAGGAAUUUAUCAAGCAUUAUAGGGAGGCAUGGGGCAAACUGCUUAUCACUGUGACAGACCAGUGCUACACGGAAGUCUUUCCAAAGGAUAAGCUUAUCUAUCUGACUGCUGAUUCUCCCAAAGUAAUGAAAACAUUUGAUCACAAUAAAAUCUAUAUUGUGGGGUCAAUGGUUGACAGGAGCAUAAAAACAGGGGUCUCUUUAGCACAGGCAAAGCGACUGGGGCUGGAGACUGCGGCCCUUCCGUUGGAGAAGUACUUGCUCUGGAAUACUGGUGCCAAAAAUCUCACACUGGAUCAAAUGAUGCAGAUUUUAUUAACCUUGAAAGACACUGGAGACUGGCAGAAGGCUCUUGAAUUUGUUCCGAAAAGGAAAUACUGCGGCUUUGUAAACAAGCCUGUACAUGAACUGAGAAAAACCAUAAGCCUGAUCAACGCUCUUAAACUUGGAAAGAGGCAGGAAGAAGUACGAAAGCAAUUUGCAAAGAACUACUCUAAGAAGCAAACACAGAAGUAGAAUGAAGAGAA